AGAGUAAGUGGGAAAGAUAUUCGGAACGUAAGAAGAAAAGCGAAAGAGAAAAGGAGAGACAAAUAUAGAAGGGAUGCAAGGGUGAAAGAAGACGAAGAAGAAGAAAGAGAGAAAUGUAGAAGGGUAUUCGGUACAUACGAGAAAAAGGAGAAAAAAGAGAGAAAGAAGAGCGAAAGGGAUCGAGGGAAAAGGUCGCGAAGGUGGCGGAGCAAGAAAACGGGAAGGGGCGAAAUAUUGGAAAACGGGCUGCGCGGCGAGAUAAAACGUUUCAUAAAACAGACAUCGAUUCCAUAUUACUCGGUGGCGCGUCGACGUGAAUCGAGCAACCCAUCGCGAGCAACUCGACGCGAGAUCGAUGCCAGAGAGAAGCCGGUGACCAAAGCGCAACACUCCUCGGAUUCCGGUGUGUUUGGCCCGCGAGCGUAUUUUCGCACCGCGUUCCCGAGUCCUGCGGUCCUCGUGAUCGAGGACAUCAAGAGGCACGACGCGGCCACCUACAGAUGCAGGGUCGACUUCCGCAAGGGACAAACUCGCAGCUUCCGCUACAACCUCACUGUCAUCGAGUUCAAUCUGCGGUCAAUCAAUGGUCACUGGUGGCCACUUUCCUCAAAAUCAUUUCUACCGACUGCCUCACCGCGCUGUGGACGCUUCUGAAGACCCCCUUCCGGUUCCAAUUACUUUUGUGGAUAGUGCGUCCAGCCUCGAUCAG